AUGUUCUUAUACAACUUGUCUUUCUUUACAGUUUCUCAACCACAGGCUGUACAUAACCACCUGGAGAAACCAUCAGGUUCAGCAAUUCUCUGCAAUAACUGUGGAAACCCAUGCAAAGGGGAAGUUUUGAGAGUUCAGAACAAAUAUUUUCAUAUUAAGUGCUUUGUUUGUAAAGCUUGUGGAUGUGACCUGGCUCAAGGAGGAUUUUUUGUGAGACAGGGAGACUACAUCUGUACUUUGGACUAUCAAAGACUCUAUGGCACACGGUGCAUCAGCUGUGAUGAAUUCAUUGAGGGGGAAGUGGUUUCAGCACUGGGGAAAACCUACCACCCGGCCUGUUUUGUGUGUGCUCUUUGCAGGCUGCCUUUUCCUCCUGGGGACCGGGUGACUUUCAAUGGGAAAGAGUGUGUCUGCCAGAAGUGUUCACUGCCCCCUGCUGGCAGCAAUAGCACUUUCCCCAUCCAGGCCCUGCGAAAUUGCGGAGGCUGUGGUUCAGAAAUAAAAAAUGGACAGUCGUUGGUAGCUUUGGACAAACAUUGGCAUUUGGGCUGUUUUAAAUGCAAGACGUGUGGCAAACUUCUGAAUGCAGAGUACAUCAGCAAGGAUGGUGCUCCAUACUGUGAAAUGGACUAUCAUGCUAAGUUUGGCAUAAGAUGUGAUAACUGUGAGAAGUACAUCACUGGAAGAGUGCUUGAGGCCGGAGAAAAACAUUAUCACCCAGCUUGUGCACGAUGUGUCAGAUGCAGUCAGAUGUUUACAGAAGGAGAAGAAAUGUAUCUACAAAGUACUUCCAUUUGGCAUCCAGCCUGUAGACAGGCAGCCAAGACUGAAGAAAAAAGCAAGGAAACUAGAACUUCCUCUGAGAGUGUGAUUUCCAUUCCUGUUUCAAGUACAUCAGGUUCUCCAAGCCGUGUGAUCUAUGCAAAGCUCGGAGAUGAAAUUCUUGACUACAGGGAUUUGGCUGCUCUUCCUAAAAAUAAAGCCAUCUAUAACAUUGCUCGCCCAGAUAUGAUCUCCUAUACGCCAUAUAUCAGUUACUCUUCAGAUGACAGGCAUAGUUAUGGGGAGUCACCUCAGUUGCCCUCUCCAACACUUACUGAGGGCGACCAAGAUGAUAGAUCUUUCAAACAGUAUAGGACAUCAAGUCCUAGUUCUACUGGAUCUCUGGGUUAUGGUCGCUACACUCCAACAUCCCAUUCUCCUCAGCAUUACAGCAGACCAGCUGGUACUCAGACUCUUGGUACCAGUAGCUGCAUCUCCCUGCCCCAACACCCAAGCCCUACAUCUACAUUCAGACAUCAUUACAUCCCUUUCUUCAAAGGCAGUGAAAGUGGUCGGAGCACUCCAAGCUUAUCCAUGUAUUCAGACAGCAAAUCUUCGCCUUCUGCCUAUCAGCAGGCUCCUAGACAUUUCCAUGUUCCAGACACUGGAGUAAAAGAUAACAUCUAUAGGAAACCCCCUAUCUACAGACAGCAUGUAAGAAGAUCAGAGGGGGAGGAUGGAAGUUUUGAUCAGGACAAUAGGAAGCUAAAGACCAGUUGGCUGAUUCUGAAGGGGGAGAUGGACACCAGAACUAAUUCUCCAGAUUUGGAUACUCAGUCACUAUCACACGGUCCUGGAACUGACAGAGAACAGCUCCGGCAAAUGCAAGAGAAUGCAACCACCAUAUAUUCAAGAUUCCCAUAUGCCAAAUCUGCUUCUCUUCCUGGCUACGGAAAGAACGGAUUGCACCAGACUGCAAGUAUGGGCCAAUAUGAAACAGACCAAGAUGCCAGUUGGGGGAUGAGAGAAUACAAGGUAAGAAGUGCCAUGCCAACACUGGGAGAAUGCUCAGAUUCACCCCUUCCUAGCAAGAUCUAUCCUUAUGAAACGCUUAUUGUAACAAACCGAAUUCGGGUGAAACUGCCUAAGGAUGUGGACAGGACCAGACUGGAGAGGCACUUGUCCCCUGAAGAGUUCCAGGAAGUCUUCAAAAUGAACAUAGAAGAAUUUGAUCGUCUGGCACUUUGGAAGCGGAAUGACCUAAAGAAAAAGGCCCUGCUUUUCUAA